GUCUAAAUUGGAUUGGAAAUGGCCGCGAUGUCCCCGUCUGAGCGAAGAUUACAAAAGGAACUGAUGUCGUUGAUGAAGGAACCGCCACCAGGAGUCACCGUAGACGGAGAUCAGGCCAGCCAAAAUCUAACACUGUGGACAGUUCACAUGGAAGGUGUUCCCGGCACACUAUAUGAGGGCGAAAAAUUUGUCCUGCAGUUCAAAUUCACAAACAAAUACCCGUUCGACUCACCCGAGGUGACAUUUGUAGGCAACAACAUUCCUGUCCACCCGCACGUGUAUUCCAACGGACACAUUUGCCUGUCGAUCUUGACGGACGACUGGUCCCCGGCACUCUCCGUGCAGUCUGUCUGUCUGUCCAUUGUGUCCAUGCUUAGUAGCUGUAAGGAGAAGAAACGACCACCGGAUAACUCGUUUUACGUUAAGACCUGCAACAAAAAUCCUAAGAAAACUAAAUGGUGGUAUCAUGAUGACUCCGUGUAACACUACCCCGCGGCGCCUCGACGAUGGACGUUAAAUCUCAAACGUGAUUACAAUUACACGAAAUGACAGUGCAGUGUACGUGCGCGCAUAGUGCAGUGUGAGUGCAGUGCAGCAGUGACGAGUGCGGGCCGCGAGUGACAAUGCGCUAAAUUGACAGCAGUGGCUGUGGCAAGGAAAAUCGUUAUAUGCCAAUGUCAUAAGCAAAACGUAUAAGGAAAGGAGUAAUGGGGAUACCAUCAAGACCCUUAACCCUAUUCAAACAUGUUUUGCUUAUUAAAGUCCAAAAUUAUGAGCCAACAGAUAACGGUGACUGGAAUAUUAUUAAUUCUCUGUUGCUGUACCGACUGGAACGGCUUUAAUUGUCUCACUGCCUAAAAUAAAUGGUAAUAAAUAGCAUAUUUCAAAAUUUCGUUUGUAGUGUGGCUAAUAAAAUUAUAACUAUUGUUUGGAGAAUUAAACUUAACACUAAGUUGGCAUGUGUUCAAAUAAUGCCUUUUUUAUCUGCGGCUUUUUAGAAUCAUAAUCGGCUCAGUGUCGCGGUUGCUAUUUCUGUCACUUUCUCUCAGAUUACGUAAAAACAUUAUGAGAAAGAGACGGUAGCAGAGUGGUCAAGCCAAUGAAAUUCCAGCCUUACGCGAUGUGAUAGAUACACGUGUUCCUUUAAGUGUUUUUUAUCUUGGUGUUGAAAACAAAAAACAUUCCAAAUAAUACUUAGUGUAAUUGUCAUUGGUAUUUGCGUUGGAUAAAUUUGCAAAAAAAAAAAACUAUUUCACAUUCGACUUGAAUUUAGUAUUAUCAAAUUAUUUUUAAGACUACAGCACCUUUCCAAAAGUAUGCUGUUGACGUCUAAGAUUGUUGAUAUAUUUUUCACUUGUUAGAAUAAAUGAAACAAUAAUAUAGCGUACGACGCGAGGCUACAAUUACAAUAGUUACCAGAAGGCAAACCAACAACUAAAUAAUGAUAUCUUUCCACCACCUCUUACUUUCAAUGUUCUAAUAGCGUUUCUUGCAUUCUGGUGAGUACGUGGUAGCCUAUUUACAUCAUCUCUGUACGAUUUUCCCUGUAAACACAGUCACACUGACUUGACUAUCUUCUAAUGUCGAGCUGGUUAUCGUCAGUGCUAAAUUAUAAAUAUUGUAAGUAGAGUAAUAGGUUAUGAAAUCAAUAUGUACCGCUUAUUAUAAAAUUGUCAGUCAUAUCCCUUUAUUUAAUUGUAUAUAAUGUUUAUUUUUUAUCAAUUGUAAUUUUAUUUAUUGAAGCGCAGGAUACUACGUAAUUGCAUAGUUGUAGGCACGGCAGUUUGCGAGGCAUGGUCAUCAUUUGAAUCGUAUAGCUGUCGAUGCACAGGUUUUUUAUGUGACACAAGUUCAGUUUGAAUGCGAUUUAACAUUGUCCGUUAACAUAAAAAUAAAAAUUAAAAAUCAGCGUUAAUUUUUUUCUAUAGCCGUAUUCAAGCUUGGGCUUGUGUAAAAUAUAAAUAUAUUAGUUUUUUCUAGAAUUUUUUUGUUUUCUAAAACUGAAUAUCUUACAAGUAUUAUAAUAUUUGAGUUUGGCUAAGUGAUGUGCAAUAUUAAAACUAAAUGAGCCCCGUCAAUAAAUGUUUUCCUAACGUUUGUAAAAUCGAUGCCUCUGCUUUUUAUUUUUAUUUUAAUAGAUAUCAAAAAAAAUUAAAAUAGCAUUAUUAUGUGUCAUUAAACUAGGCAUUGUUCAACUUGGCGUUUUUUUUUUAGAACUUUAUACAACAAAAACAAAAAAGUCAUAAUUAAUUAUUACAAUAAUGAAAGGCUUAAGUAACGUAAUGUGUAACAAAAUGAAAACGAAUAAGAAAUUUGCUAGUAGUAUAUAAUUAUCAUUUUCCAUCCGUUGUCUAGGUCCGAUAUGUGAUAGUAAACAUAAACAUAUUCUGGGGGUUUGCUCCCGUUUUCCGUCAGAAACAAUUAAUGUCAAGUAAGUAAUACUCGGCCAAAUCAAAACACAUUGGGUUGACCCUACAACACUGUUGGAGUACAAAACACAUUGGGUUGACCCUACAACAUUGUUGGAGUAGACCCCCUGGGAUGAAAAGUCAAUUAAUAAUCCAUACUAUCCUUACUAAUAUAUUAAAUACGGAAGCAACUCUGUUACGUUUUCACACCUGAACCAAAUUAGAUGGACAUAGGCUAUUUUUUUGUCACUAAAAUAAAUGUUAAAGGGGAUAAAAGUUUGUAUGGAAACGCGAUCAUUUGUCAAGUAAGUAGUACAGUAGACUAUCCAAAGUACUCUACCACAAACUAUAGUUAAAUAGAAACAAAAACCAUUUUAAAAAUAUUAUUCGUAUAUCUCUAGAAUUCUCCGCUCAUUCGUAACCAAACUUGACUCAUUUUUUAUAUUUAGCUUUUUUUAAUGUUAUUUCAAAUAAACGCUGUUACGUGGCUAGGAAUAGCAAUUGCUUUCAUUAUUUUGUUAUACAACAACCUCCACUCUGGACGAAUAUUUCCUAAAGCAAUUCUCACUUACGUUAGCGAAAAUAAAAGAUAAAUCGAAACUUCGAUUUCGAAGUCGUAGCCUUUUUGGAAAAAUUCUCAAUGGCUGUAGUACGGGUGCUAAAUUUAAAAAAAACUAUUACAU